CCACGCUAAGAUGGCUGCGAAGGGCUUGUAUUUUCACCUGAAAAUGGAAGAGGCGGUCGAGAGGUACCGGGCGGACUGCCAGUGGGAGAUGCAGCUCGCGGUGGUGGAGCAGAUGAGGGCGCGGGCGUCCAGCCCCCGGCACAAGGGGGCCAAAGGAGCUGGCUCCGAGUCGCUCAAGUCCGAAGAUUAUGGGAAUCUGCUUGUCGCCGAGGCAUUGCUGGAGCUAUGCUUGAAAGAGAACUUUGCCAAAAUCAAGGAUGCCAUCCCAUUAAUGGAAAAAAACGAGCCCAAAAUGAGUGAUGCCAAAAAGCAUUUGACUGGUAUUCUAAACCGAGGGAAGUUGCUGCCAAAAGAUAUGACAGAAGCAAUGCUCAUCCUAGCGAAGCUCCAUUACGUGGAGGGCUCGUACAGGGACGCCGUCAGCAUGUAUGCAAGAGCUGGUCUUGAUGACAUCGUGGUAGAAAAGAAGCCUCUGUAUAUGCUGCGCCUGCUAACAGAAGCUUUUGUCAUCAAAGGCCUGGCGCUGGAGCGUGCCCCCAAUUCUAUCGCUUCCCGGGCCCGCCUGUCAGAAAAAGAGGAAGUCAUGGCUUGCUUUGAAAGGGCUUGUGUGACUGCUCAGCUGUUCCUGCAAGAGCUUGAGAAGAGCUUUGGCAACACACAUGCAAGAGGCAUAAAAGGUGGCCAAGCAUCUUCUUCCGACUUUGAACUUCCUUACUUCCUGGAAGCGGCUGUGCAGAGCGCCUACGUGGCUCAUUUAAAACGGGGCAACAUUGUUAAAGGAAUAAGAAACCUCCGGGAAUUUUUACGGACCAUGGAAACGAAGGCCACGCAGAGCUUCAGAAUGACGGCAGCCAAACAGUUGGCUGAGCUGCUUCUUCACUCUCUGAGUGAGGACUGUUAUUGGAGCCCCUUAUCUGAUCCUCUUCCUGAGUUCAUGAACAAAGAGGAUAGUUCUUAUAUUUGCACUUCUCUGCGUCGAGGACUACAGCUACACACUGGAGAUAACAUCUACAGCCCCCGAGACAAUGUUGAAGAAGCUCUCCUCCUCCUCCUGAUUAGCGAAUCUAUGGCAAACCAAGAUGCUGUAAUUAGCCGUGCCCCUGACCAGAAAGAUGAUCGAGCCAUCAGUCUCCAGGACGCGUCAGCAGUUUAUGAUCUUCUGAGCAUCACGCUGGGCAGAAGAGGGCAGUAUACCAUGCUUUCCGAGUGUUUGGAGCGAGCCAUGAAGCUUGCCUUUGGUGAAUUUCACCUUUGGUAUCAGUUGGCCCUUUCUAUGACUGCUUCUGGAAAGUCUGCACACGCCGUCUCGGUACUUAGAGAAUGUGCAAAGCUGCGUCCUGCGGAUCCCACCGUUCCUCUUCUGGCCGCCAAGGUCUGCAUCGGGCCUCUUCACUGGCUGGAAGAAGGGGAGCGUUUUGCCAAGAUGGUGAUCGGCCUGGGAGAAGAUGCUGGGGAGUUCCUAGCAAAGGGCUACCUGGCCUUGGGCCUGACAUACAGCCUUCAAGCUACUGAUGCUACCUUGAAAAGUACACAAGAUGAUUUGCACCGGAAAGCACUUCAGACAUUAGAAAGAGCACAUCGCUUGGCACCUGAAGACCACCAGAUCAUCCUCUAUGUGUCCCUACAGCUGGCUCUUGUCAGGCAGAUUUGUGAUGCAAUAGAACGCCUACAAGAAGCACUGAAACUAUGUAAGGAUGACAUGAAUUCCCUCCAUUUGCUGGCUCUCCUUUUUUCAGCCCAAAAACACUAUCAGCAUGCUUUGGAUAUCAUCAACAUGGCUCUUGCAGAGUAUCCAGACUGCUUUAGUUUACUCUUCACCAAAGUAAAGCUGGAAUUGGUGCAUAAAGGACCAGAAGAGGCAUUAGUAACCUGUAGACACAUGUUGCACCAGUGGCAAACUCUGUAUAAUGCUUCACAGCACAGCGAUUCAGAGAAAGCAAGCAGCCUGACAGAGGCACCGCCAGUCAAAAAGAACAACAGUGUGUAUCUCACUCUUCCCGAUGCACAUGACAAUGACUCUGGCUCUCAAAGAGCAUCUUCUAUCGCGGCUUCCCGGCUAGAGCAGGCCAUGUCUGAAGUAACCAUGCACAGCACUGCCUUGAAGCAAGGGCCGAUGCAGCUUUGGACAACACUUGAACAGAUUUGGUUGCAGGCUGCUGAACUCUUCAUGGAACGACAGCAUCUCAAAGAAGCCGGCUUUUGUAUCCAGGAGGCAGCCAGCCUCUUCCCUACAUCUCACACUGUGCUGUACAUGCGGGGGAGGCUUGCUGAGAUGAACGGCAGCCUCGAGGAGGCGAAGCAGUUGUAUGAUGAAGCACUAACAGUGAAUCCAAGUGGCGUGGAAAUCAUGAACUGCUUGGGGCUGGUCCUGAACAGACUCGGUCGUAGAAGCUUGGCUCAGAAGGUCCUGCAGGAUGCAGUCCAGGUGCAGAGCACCAGCCACAAAGCCUGGAACAGCCUUGGAGAAGUUCUUCAUGCUCAGGGCAAAAGCGAAGCUGCCGUCGAAUGCUUCCUGACAGCUCUGGACCUCGAAUCCAGCAGCCCUGUCAUCCCCUUCACAGUUAUCCCCAGGGAACUGUGAUGGCUCUCUCUGUGCAUGGGCACAGGUGCAUUCUCUGGAGGUAGUUCCAAUAGCACACAAGCUAAGCAAUCUGUUUACAGUGCAAUAAAUAUAUAGUUGCUCAGUUGUUGCCUAGAAUUUAGAAAUCUUUCCAUAAGGAAGUGCUUCAGUUUCAGGGAUAUUGCAUUAUUCUAGCACUCAGGCCGCAAGAUAGAUGGUUGCUGGGGAAAUGCAAUUCUUUUUCUAGCUGCUGGGGAUGUUGCAAUUUGCAGUGCUGGCCUGAAUCAGCCUUCACAAUGUGACCCAACUAGGAACAGAGGCCAGCAGAUAUGUAUGACACCAUAGGAGGGACUAACCUCUCUGCCUGGGGGUGCAAAAAUUUGGUGGUGGGAGAAGCGGGAGUUGGCAAACACCCGGAAGGUCACAAUACAUGGGUGCUGGGAAGAAACGGGGUUUAAGCUUGAUGUGCACCAGAUUUGCAAGUCUAGCUUAAAAGACAGUUGUACGUGUCAUUGCAGCUACUGGAUAGUGCCUGGGGCACUGCCGGUGCUGAGCAACAUGGCAUGUCUCCCUCUAAGCCUCUGUCUGACAGCACCGCAAAGAAGGGGCCUGUAUGGGUGCUAAAGCUGCCUGCUGUGACUUUGGCUGCCUACUUCCGCUCCUCAUUAUGGAAGAAAAAAGUAUUUUUGAGUUCACUCUGACUUUGCUGUGACACUUGAGUUGGAUUUGCUGCCAAAUACUAUCAUAACUGGAUUCUAAGAGAUGACGCGCAAAAAUAUUCUGCUCUCCAUCCUCUCUCACAGAAUCUUACGAGCAAAAUUUGUUGUAAACAGAUGCAGCUCUAAGAUCAGUUCAUUAUUCAACCCAUACAUCUUACUCCUUUUUACUUUUUUAAAGCCCAUCAAGGGCACGGACUGUUCCCGUGCAGGCCUGCCCACAGUUCCACGGAGGCAUCUUUUUCUUCCCCCUGCCUGGCUGCCCUUGGCUGCAAGCACACGUUGCAGGAGGCUGACCAUGACGUUCAAGAGGAAGCCCAUGUGUGCCUUCUAAUGGCACAUCUGUCUUCAUUCCUGGGCCCUGUCUGCCAAUUUCCUCUGCUCCACUGCUGUGAAGGGUGAAGGUGGAUAGUUCCUCAAGCUUAAGAAUAAAACCUUUGGGCGGGAGUAUGCGAAGAUAUAUAAACAUGUGAAGACAAGCACAAUGGCCUACAAUCCACAGCCCACGUUCUCUUCAGCCUCUCCAUGGGCAUUAACAGGGUCACUGUAGAUCUGGCACAGAGCAGAACUUUCUCUGUGUGGAGGCCUGGGUUGCCCCCCACCAAGCCCACCAUGGACUGGAUGACGUCAGUGGACAGGGCCGUCCCCCUGGCAACAUUGUCCCACCCAUUUUGCCCUCCUUCUUAUUGAGAAAGCAACCAAUCAGAGAAAGAAACUUGGUCAGCUUGGCGCCCCUCCCUGAGGACUCCAAGGAGGUUCUGUGGAAUAAAUGCAGAACCUCCACCAGCCAGAUUAGGUCCAGGAGCCAGCGGUUCGGUAUCCCUGCUCGGGAGAGACAAUAGUGUUAUAGUGCACAGACAGCCUCCUCUGUGCUAUCAUCAUGAAUGCUAUAAAUCAAAUUCUGAGCGACAAAAUAGAUCCUCUUCAGCCAACGUUUCCCCCUGUUGUUAACACUUCCUUCCAUUUUACAUAUUCAAUCCUGGCAAAGCCGCUCAUAGUACUAGGGAAAGCUUCUUUUUUAGUGUUUAUAUUCUGAAUCAUAUCUAAUACAUAUUUUUAAAGCAGAUAGGCCUGUUGGAACAAACAUAUACCCUGUAUUUCUCUGUAGUGAUAUACAUAAUAGGAUUGUUUUGAUCCACUUCUGUAUGUGGCAUGGACCAACGAAGGCUCAGCUCUUUGAAGUUCCAUUCACUUCAAUGGAAGACUUAAGCUUGGGGUUAAAUCUCCUUCACUGAAAUCAAAUAUAGCAAAAGUGGCUGGAUUGUGUCCCUGCUUGAGAUUAUUUUUUAACAGCACAUGGGAAAGUAAUGGACAGGGCUCUUAUUUUCAGGGAUGCACAAACAUGCCAGCUCACUCUUGGUGAGUACAGCUUUUGCUCUGAACAUGGUCCAGAAGCAAGGAGAGCUCACCAUCUCCUGCACUUGGAAGGACUGAGGAAAGCCGGAGCUGGCUUGAUGUCAGCAGCAUGGGGAGUGUCUUGGACUGUCUCUGCUGCUGCACUGGGCCUCGAAGAAAUGCAGGCGCCUGCAAUUCGGGCUCCUGUUUCUGGGUGCCUGAGGCUUGAUGCGACAGGGGCAAGUCUCCCGUUCCCUUCUCCUCCCAUCCCUCUUCACAGCUGUGCUGGCUCGGGAGUGCAGUGUAGUGUCUAGAGACUCAUUUGGCAAGGCUCACAGCAAGGACAACUGCUGGCUGGCCGGCCACCAGUGCAAGCCAAGAUCUGUCUGACCCUUGUGUAUUUGCACUACCUUAUGUGAUUGUGUCACGGCAUAGCAUGGGAAACUAUGUAGUAGAAGAGAAAACGGGUAUGGCCAGAAGAGCAUUUUGACUCGGCUUGUCAGAGCAAUAAAGCUGCAGCAGGACCGCUCAUCCAUCCCAGCGGACCUACAAAGCAAGUGGAAGGAAGAAACGAGAUGCUGAGGGCAGCAACUCCACAUCUCUUAUGAUAUGGAAUUCUAAGAGUACUUCAAACACACCCAGCACCUAACAACCAUUACAGAUAAAUGAGCGUCGCUAAGGAAUCAGACCAGCGUUCCAGCUCCCUUGCCUAUUUAGCUGCUGUAGGGGUGAGAAUGGCUGGGGUCACAUGUCAUGAGAAGUCAUGGUGGUUUGUUACCCUUGCUGGACUGUAAUGUCAUCUGAACCCAGUUGUAAAAUAUGGUGGUAUAUUUGGUCUCUGGAAACCAUGUAAAGAAACAUAGGUUUGCUGUAUGGUUUUCUCAUGCUGGUACCUCCACUUUUCCAUUCAUGGUGCAAAAACACCAUAGAAUCCCCUAGAAAAAUCAGUAACAGAACCGGUUGCUCUAGGCAUUCAGUCUCUACUACCCUCAGCCUCUUCACAACAAGUACUUCAGGGCUUGGUUUGUUCCUUUUGGCACCUGUGCCCAUUGCCCUGUUCACUUUCUGCAACUUUCUGCAGGGAGAAAAUGGAUAAAUGAAUGGAGAGAGAAAGGAAGAAUCACAUUGAAAGUAUUUAUUUUAAUACAAAAAAACCCCUUUGGUGAAACAGUUGAGCUGAAAGAGUUAAUAAGAUAGAGGAGGAAAAUCAGGAGGAGAAAGAGGGAAAAGCUGCCUCAAAACGUCAGCCAACCAAGCAGAAAGAGGCAGCUGAGGUCCAUGGGAAGCGUCACAGUAAAGAAGAUCUUGUUUCCCCCGAUCUGGUACCCUCCAAGUGCACAACUCCCAUAAAUAUGGUAAUUUACAGUCUGGCACAUCUGGAGGACACGAGGCUGGGGAAGGCUGACAUGGAGAAGGCCGCCAAAGCAACACUGUGCUCCAAAAGGUAUUGGAUCAAGGCACACCCACAACCAGCUGGCAUUUUUGAAGACUUUCUUUCUCCUUGCGACUACUGAAUAGAGCCUUUUGUUCUAAAGGAUCUUAUUUUAAAAUGGGCUUGUGCCAAGAUGCUCCUAACGUUGCAACAGAGGAUGUGAACUAUUGCUUCCAUCUUUUUGCUCUCGGCAAUAUCUGUAGUAUGUAAUGCUUAUGGUAGAACCAUACAUUUCUCCAUGGAAUGGUUCUCUCUCUUUCCAUCUCAAAGAACGUAGACCUUCAGGGGAUUUCCUUCCCAAUAUUUCAGUACCCUUCCAACCUGCUUUUGAUUGUUCUGCUGUGACCAUUCAAGUUGGCCUCAUCCUCUCAUCUGAGAAAGUCCAUCUUCCUGCUGGGUACUUGGCAGUAACUGGAUUGUACAAUGAGACUGAACAUGUGCACUUUUGAAACAUGUUGCACUGUGAUCCAAGUUUGCACACUCCCACAAUUAGAAUUUUUAAAGAUAUGCACAUUGUUGUUAAAGGGGGUCACCGUUCGUUUCUCUCAUUCUUAGGAACUGGCUUUAUGGUUCAAGCAUUAGGAGGUGCUCCAUCCUGGGGCCUGUUUUAUGUCAUGUCCAUGAACUAUUUAAUCCAUAGGCUUAACUAAAAUGAUCAAGGGCUUGCAGCAGUUCCCGUAUGACAGAUGGCUACAACAUCAGGGACUGUUUAGCUUAGGAAAAAGACAAAUUAGUGGAGGCAUCAUAAAGGUGUAUAAAAACAUGCAUGGCAUGGAGAAAGCAGAGGGAGACAUUUUUCUCUGCCUAUUAAAAUACAAGAACUUGGUGUCACCCAUAAAGUCGAUUGGUGGGAUAGUCGGGACAGGUUAACGGGAAGGACUUCUUCACAUAUAUGUGAUAAACUACAGAAUUCACUAUCACAAGAUGUGGUGUUGGCCUCCAAAACAGAUGGCUUUAAAGGGAGAUAAACAGGUACAUGGAGCCCAAGGCUACCAGUGGCUAUUGGUUCUGAUGCUUAUAUGCCAUCUCUAGCAACAGAGGCAGUAUGCGUGGCUGGGGAACAAUGGAUUUCUCGUGCGGGCCGCCACUGUAUGAAAAGCAUGCUAGACUAGAUGGACUUGAUCUGGUCCUCUAUGGUGGUUCUUCUCUUCUUAACCAUAUUGUAAUUGUAUUAGCAAUUCUGUAUUGUAAGAUGCAGCAAAGGCAUCACACGGGUGUGGAAUAAGCUUUGUUUGCAAAUGGACCUCUGCCAUCCCUGGCCCUGCCAUCUUGGGACCCUGAAAUCUUCCCUCUCCAUAUUUGCCGGCCCAUUCUCUGGUGUCAAAAAAGGCAUCUCAGUGUCUUUAACAGGAUAGCAAAGGGGAAAGGGUUCCUCACCAUGGCAGUGGAAAUGGUUCUUUCCUUAGUUUUCCUGUUCAGCAGCACUGCAUCAUGUCUCAGCAUUCCGAUGGGAACGAGGGAAGGUGCAAAUGGACAGGCACCUUGGAAUAAUGAUGUCUACCAAAACCUGUACAAGACUGGGCACUCCUAGAAUAAUACUACAGAAAAAUCCAUUAAGUUGCACCUUUGUGCCUGAGAGUUUCAGGGUGGGGAGGGGAGUUUAAAUGUUUUAUAAUCUCUCAUGGAGAAUUUUCCCAUUGUAUUAUGGUGACUGGCUGGUUUUGAAUAGUUCCAUUUUGGCUUCAGCAUAGAUACUGUGAGUCUCAUUUAUCUAACAGGUCAUUGUACUUAGAACUAUUGUAAAUUAUUACUUAUUAAAUGUGUUGCCCUUCUGCAGAAAGGAGCCGAUCCAGCAAACUUUGGCAACUCUUAAAUAUUGUUGAAAGCAAUAAAAACUGCCUAGUCAUGAUGAACUGAAAUCCCUUUGAUUUUUAUGAGAUGCAGUCAAGACUCCUUUUGUCAAGAUGAUGUUUUGCAGAGAAUUAGAAACCAUGCAAAUAAAUACAUUCUAUAACAUGAUUAAUUUAAGAGCCUUUGGUUGAUGUUCACCAACUGUGUAAUGAACCGAGAUUCUCUUGUUUGUCCAGAACAGCUUCAGAAAUCCUUAACAAGCUUGUUCCUUGCCUCUUUGAACCCACAAUUCCAAAAUGUAACUCUCAAGGAUGCCCUGCAUGCUAGUUUGCAAGUUUUGUUUGCAAAGUAGCUUGCAAUGCAAUCAAGGUUUCCUAUGAAGCACAGUGACAUUAAAUUUCACCAGAUGAAUAAACAAAUCUCAUG